AUGGUUCACCCCGCUUCUACCUGCUGCAAGACCACCCCUGGUGCUGGUUGUGUCUGUGCUGCCCAGGCUAAGUGCUCCUGUGGCAAGGAAAGUGCUCUGCACUGCUCUUGUAACAAGGCUUCCGCCGAGAACGCCGUCUCAGGACCGCGGUGCUCUUGCCGCGCCCGCCCUGCUGGCCAGUGCACUUGCGAGCGAUCCGCCGCGGAGAACAAGCCUAUCGACGGCGAGACCUGUGCGUGUGGCAGCCGACCCUCUGCUUCUUGCACCUGUGAGAAGGCCGAAGCCGUCGAGUCUUCCCUGGAGGUUGACUUCACCACCCGCGCUUGA